AUGAAGGUGUCUCCAAGAAUCCAUGUUGGUCCGAAUCCUCCGGAUCCCAUCGAGAAGACGGCGAGAGCGCACUUUCCUCCUCCGAGUUGGAGGUCGAGAAUGUAUUCGACAGACUUCACGUUGUAUUUGGUUCCUCCGAUGGUGAAGAUAAGUAGUAGAUGCACUCACUUGGUCCUUCUUGGCCUCAGAGUAGGUUCCGACGGCGAAUCCAUCAAGAGCGAAUUGCCAGUAGGUCUUGGCGGUCAAUGGAACGUAGGUGAUCUGGGAGUCGCAGUUGACAUUGUCGACAGCUCCGUAGGUGAUGAGUCCACCGGAUCCUCCUUGGGAGAUGGUGAGCUUACGGUCGAGCCAGACGGUGAAGAGUUUAGCGUCCAAUUGUGGGAGAACGUUCUGCAUUGGUGGGGUAACCUUGUCGACAGCGAGUGCUGGCCAUCCCAAUCCGAGGAUUCCGUCAACUGGUUGGUAUCCGAAGACCUCAGCCAAGUGAGUGGCGACUCCGAAUUCUUGGGUCUUGAUGGUGGACGACUUGGUGGUGUCGAACUUUUGCUUCUUGUAUCCAGAGUCUGGGUAUCCGUUGCAAGCCUGGGAUGUGCACGCGGCGUCAAUGACCCACAAGUUGGAGGAUCCAGUGUCCAAAACGAUGGUGGCUGGUUGAGCUGGAGUUCCGAGGGUGAUGUUUCCGAGGUAGAAGUCGUCAAAGUAGUCGACGAAUGGCUGGGAUCCAGUGUUCAACUGCUCGAUACGGGCGGCGUGUUGGGCGGCCAAGAAGGCGGUGUACUUGCCCUCCUUGAUGAGCUUGGCACGGAGUGA